GUGGGCGUGUGAACUUGGCCGUCUGAUUCAGGGGCGGGCGUCCCGAGGUGUUUGGGGAGCCGGCCGGAGAGGACACAGGGAGGGCCCGAGGCCGCCCGCCGCCGCCACCAGCCGGCAUGUCAGCCGAGGCUUCGGGCCCGGAGGCGGGCCCACCGCUGGAAGCCCCGAAGCCCUCGGGUCCCGAACCUGGCGCCGCUGCCUACAGUUGCAGUUCGCUGACCCCGAACAGCAAGUACGUGAAGCUGAACGUGGGCGGCUCGCUGCACUACACCACCCUGCGCACCCUCACGGGACAAGACACCAAGCUUAAAGCCAUGUUUAGCGGCCGCGUGGAGGUGCUCACUGACGCCGGAGGUUGGGUGCUGAUUGAUCGGAGUGGCCGCCACUUUGGUACGAUCCUCAACUACCUGAGGGAUGGGUCUGUUCCACUACCAGAGAGUGCCAGAGAACUAGGGGAGCUGCUGGGCGAAGCGCGCUACUACCUGGUACAGGGCCUGAUUGAGGAUUGCCAGCUGGCCCUGCAGCAAAAAAGGGAGAACCUGUCGCCACUGUGCCUCAUCCCUACAGUGACAUCUCCCCGGGAGGAGCAGCAGCUCCUGGCCAGCACCUCCAAGCCCGUGGUGAAGCUCCUACAUAAUCGCAGUAACAACAAGUACUCCUAUACCAGCACUUCAGAUGACAACCUGCUUAAGAACAUCGAGCUGUUUGACAAACUGGCCCUGCGCUUCCAUGGCCGGCUCCUCUUCCUCAAGGACGUGCUGGGGGACGAAAUCUGCUGCUGGUCUUUCUACGGGCAGGGACGCAAAAUUGCCGAGGUGUGCUGCACCUCCAUCGUCUAUGCCACAGAGAAGAAGCAGACCAAGGUUGAAUUUCCAGAGGCCCGGAUCUUUGAGGAGACCCUGAACAUCCUGAUCUACGAGACUCCCCGGGGCCCAGAUCCAGCCCUCCUGGAAGCCAUAGGGGGUGCCACUGGAGGUGGAGGGGCAGGCCGAGGGGAGGAUGAGGAGAACCGAGAACAUCGUGUCCGCAGGAUCCAUGUCCGGCGCCACAUCACCCACGACGAGCGUCCUCAUGGCCAACAGAUUGUCUUCAAAGACUGACCUCUGACCCUUCCCCUGCCUUCCUGCUGACCCUGGGCCUCACUCCUUCCCGUUUGCCCGUUCCCAGACCUUUGCCCCGGCUCUGCUGGC